UUUUUGAUUUUGUUUAGUGUAUUUUUUCAAAUUUACUCGCGUGUUUGAAGAUUUUUUAAUUUCAUGUGCGGAAUAUGUUCUAUUUUGUGUCUCAGUUAUACCUACUUACCUACCUAUACCUACCUACUAUUGUGACACGUGCUUAGUUGAUUGAAAUUUUGAAACGAACGUAAAACAAAUACCAAACAAUUUUUUAAUCGGUGCCACAUUGAACUGAAAUGUUAAGAAGUGUGGGAAAGUCAUGCACUACCUAAUUUAAUGGAAAAUGCUGCUACGUAUGUAUGCUCUUUGCAUUCUGGCUGUCUUAGCCGUUGUAUCCGCCUCACCAGUUCCCAGUGGUUGGGGUAAACAUGAACAUCACAUUAUUCAUGUGCCAUACCAUGUUCACCACGUCCACCACGUGCACAAAGUUCCGAUUUACAUAAAAUCUAAGCCCAUUAUUAUUAAGGAACAUAAACCAAUCUACAUCAAAGAGCACUCUCACACUGACUGGGCUCCAGCUAGUUCCGGAUGGUCUUCUGACUGGACUCCAUCUUCUAGUGGUUGGUCAUCAGGUGGAUGGGAUUGGGAUAAAUAAACACGCGUCGAAGAAACGAGCAACUAAAUGAGAAAAAUGAAAAUGACUUGUAUGUUAUUUGAAGGAGAGGAAAUACGAUGUACAUAUAGACCUAUCCAUAGUAAUGUGUCAUAAUUAGUUACCAUCUUUGGUCUACCUGCAUUUUGUUUUUUGUUUUUUUUUUUGUACUUUUAUAUUAUGAUUGUUUUUUUUUCGAGCAUACCUCGUACGCUUACCUACCUAUCAUCGAAUUUUUAGUAUUAUAAGUACUAUGAUUAUCAUCAUCUCAUUAAAUUUUAAUUUUGUAUAGCCUACCUAUUUACCAAUGUAGACCUAUUGUAUUUACAUGUACAUAAUAUGUUAGAUGUGCUUACAAUUUAUACCUGAGAUGUUACCAACAAUUUCUUGACGAGUGAGACCACAAUAUGCCAUUUAAAAUAAAAUGUCCAUUUUUUAUAA